GCUAGAUGAACUACAGAAGCAACUACAGGAAGAUAUAAGGCAGGGCCGAGGCAUUAAAUCUCCAAUCAGACUUGGUGAUCAAGAUAGUACAGAUGAUGAAGAUGGCCUCUUGGAAGAACACAGGGAAUUUCUAAAAAAAUUUUCUGUUACAAUUGAUGCUAUUCCUGAUCAUCAUCCUGGCGAAGAAAUAUUUAAUUUCCUAAAUUCUGGAAAAAUUUUCAAUCAGUAUACCUUGGAUUUAAGGGACUCUGGUUUUAUUGGACAAAGUGCUGUAGAAAAGCUUAUUCUCAAGUAA